AUGAAAUGUUGGCAUCACGAAGUUAUUUCCAACAUCGUGGCAGCUUCAUCUGCAUGCCUGCCUCCCUUCAUGGAUACGGGCGUGGGUUGUUUCUAUCAACAUACGCAGCUGAUGAGUUGGUGUGACGCCCGGAUUUACUGCAGCGACCUUGGCGGUGAUCUCGCGGUGCCUCAGGAUUACUACGGUUUCGAAAUCUGGAUCAGGAACACGGGCACAACAGAAGAAAAAUGGAUCGGAGCCAAGGCCUUAUCUUGGAUCAACGGCGUUGCGGUGACCUCUGACCUCUGGGCGCCUUCUGACCCCAAUGGAGGUCCCGACGAAUGCAUCAGAAUGGUGUUCGUGACGUCACAAUUCCAACUCGCCGAUACGGGAUGUGAUCGCUUGAAGGAAUUCGUGUGUGAAGUUAAAUUCUGA